AUGGCUUCAUCCCGUGUUGUUUCACGUCUUCUUGCACCAACAACUCUUAGUCGUUUGUCUGCAAUAGGUAGUAAGAGUGGACCAGUGCGUUAUUUUUGGCAUCAUCAUCAUCAUCGUAAAAAUUUGGCGGAAACGUAUUUUGGUUCAGGGUCAAAUGUAUUUCAACGUUGGGAAAAAGAAUUUGAUCGAAUACAAGAACAAUUUAAUCAUUUUUUUCAAGAUUUAAAAAAUAAUCGAUCAUUAACUAAUGGAAAUGGAAACAAUUUUAUUACAACUGAAUCUGAUGGUUCAAAAAAGUUUCAUCUUUCUUUAAAUGUAAAUGGUUUUCAACCAGAAGAAAUUAAAAUAAAAACACAACAUCGUACAUUAACUAUUUCAGCUAAAAAAGAGAAAAAAACGAAUAAUAAUUAUUCUCUUCAAGAAUUUUCUCAAACAUAUGCAUUACCAGAAGAACUUAAAAUUGAUGAUUUAAAAUCAAUUUAUACAGAAAAUGGUGUUCUUUCAAUCGAAGCACCAAUACCAAAAGAACAAUCUGAAGAUCGUCAAAUUAAAAUUGAACGUCAUUAA